CAAGCGCCUCCCGGGAGAGCCACGUUUGGUGCAAGUUCUUUCAACGAUCGUCCGAACCGGCAAGCCUCUCCUCACCGUCUCACCGGCUUAUCACACGCGGCACCCCGCCACUUCUCUCGACCGCCGCCAUCUUCGCGAUAGCCUCUCUCUCCCCCCCUUUAAUCCACGAACCGGCUGAGCUCCUCAACACCGACGUCUCGACGCUUUCCGUCUCUUCAUAUCAUCACCAGCGCAACCAUGAGCGGUUCUGGCUCUUCGCUUACCCAGACGGGUGGCAUCACCGAUCCCGCCCUGAUCCAGCUCGUCAACAAGCUUCAGGAUGUUUUCGCAACCGUCGGAGUCAACAACCCCAUUGAUCUCCCCCAGAUCGCCGUCGUCGGCAGCCAGUCGAGCGGCAAGAGUUCAGUGCUAGAGAACAUUGUCGGCCGUGACUUCCUUCCUCGAGGUACCGGCAUCGUCACGCGGCGUCCCCUCGUCCUCCAGCUCAUCAACCGCCCGGCCCAGACCAACGGCGUCAGCCAUGAGGAUAUCGAAGCCGGCGCCGACAAGGCCGCCAACCCGGACGAGUGGGGUGAGUUCCUCCACAUGCCCGGCCAGAAGUUCUACGACUUCUCCAAGAUCAGGGAGGAAAUCUCGAGGGAAACGGAAGCCAAGGUUGGACGAAAUGCCGGCAUCUCGGCAGCUCCCAUCAACUUGCGCAUCUACUCUCCCAACGUCCUGACCCUGACGCUGGUCGACUUGCCCGGUCUGACCAAGGUCCCCGUGGGUGACCAGCCCCGCGACAUCGAGCGCCAGAUCCGAGACAUGGUGCUCAAGUACAUUUCCAAGUCAAACGCCAUCAUCCUAGCUGUCACCGCAGCCAACAUUGACUUGGCCAACUCGGAUGGCUUGAAGCUGGCGCGCGAGGUUGACCCCGAGGGCCAGCGCACCAUUGGUGUCCUCACCAAGGUCGACCUGAUGGAGGAGGGAACCGACGUCAUCGAUAUUCUGUCCAACCGCAUCAUUCCGCUGCGCCUGGGCUACGUUCCAGUUGUCAACCGAGGACAGCGAGAUAUUGACAACAAGAAGGCCAUUGGCGCUGCCCUGGAGGCGGAGAAGAACUUUUUCGAGAACCACGCGGCCUAUCGCAACAAGAGCUCCUACUGCGGCACGCCCUAUCUUGCUCGCAAGCUGAACCUGAUUCUGAUGAUGCACAUCAAGCAGACGCUGCCGGACAUCAAGGCGCGCAUUUCGAGCUCCCUGCAAAAGUACAGCGCCGAGCUGGAGAGCCUGGGCCCGUCCAUGCUCGGCAACAGCUCCAACAUUGUGCUGAACAUCAUCACCGAGUUUACCAACGAAUGGCGCACGGUCUUGGACGGUAACAAUACCGAACUGUCUAGCACCGAGCUGUCUGGCGGUGCUCGUAUCAGCUUCGUCUUCCACGAGCUGUACGCCAACGGAGUCAAGGCCCUCGACCCCUUCGACGUCGUCAAGGACCUGGAUAUCCGAACCUACCUGUACAACUCGUCGGGUCCUUCGCCCGCCUUGUUCGUCGGCACCACGGCUUUCGAGCUGAUCGUCAAGCAGCAGAUCAAGCGAAUGGAAGACCCGAGUCUGAAGUGCGUGUCGCUGGUGUACGACGAGCUGGUGCGCAUACUGUCCCAGCUGCUGUCCAAGCAGCUGUACCGUCGCUAUCCCGCCCUGAAAGAGAAGAUGCACAGCACCGUCGUCUCCUUCUUCAAGAAGGCCAUGGAGCCCACCAACAAGCUCGUGCGAGACCUUGUCUCGAUGGAGGCCUGCUACAUCAACACGGCUCACCCCGACUUCCUGAAUGGCCACCGCGCAAUGGCCAUUGUCAACGAACGCCAUAACCCUUCAAGACCCGUUCAAGUUGACCCCAAGACCGGCAAGGCCCUGCCGUCUUCGACGCCCGCCCGAGCUGCCAGCCCUACAGUCCCGGAUGCGGACGGAAGCUCAAACGGUGGCUUCUUUGGCAGCUUCUUCGCGGCGAAGAACAAGAAGAAGGCCGCCGCUAUGGAGCCGCCGCCACCCAGCCUCAAGGCCUCGGGCACGCUGUCAGAGCGUGAAGUCAUUGAGGUCGAAGUCAUUAAACUGCUCAUCUCUUCCUACUACAACAUUGUGAAGCGAACCAUGACGGACAUGGUCCCCAAGGCCAUCAUGUUCAACCUGGUUCAGCUCACCAAGGACGGCAUGCAGCGCGAACUGCUGGAGAACAUGUACAAGACAGACAGCAUCGACGACUUACUGCGAGAAAGCGACUUCACGAUCCGCAGGCGGAAGGAGUGCCAGCAGAUGGUCGAGUCUCUCGGCAAGGCCAGCGAGAUUGUCAGCCAAGUGCAGUAGACGAAGACGAGACCAGACGCGCAUUUCUAGAUUGGCGUGUUAGAACGAAAUUGGGCGACUUACGGCUUAUGAGAUGCAACGACGGCACGCACGAUGACUCGCCCCCUCUCCCCCCUUUCCUCCUCUUUCCCCUCAACCUCCCCCCAACCUUUUAUUUUCUUCUUUUUCGAUACCAACGGCUGUUCCGGAGGCUAGAGUAAAUGAGUAAUGAGAAAUCUGUCCAAGAGACAAGGGGGAAGAGUCUGGGGUGUCGGCAAAUGUGGGAUUAUCAGGGUAGGGAAAAAAGAAAUCAACUCGUCGGGAUGGCGGAGUAUUUUUUUUGGAGAAGGCAGGGCUGGUUAUUUCUCUCUAUUUUUACUUUUCUCAGGAUCGAAGUAGGAAUUCUUGAGAGAUGGAGAUGCCGGCUCUUGCUUCUAGUUGCUGGGGGAGAAAGGGUUCACUUGUUUUAGGCUUAUAGCAUGAGAGAUUAGAAUAACCAUUUGCUUGUCUUG